UGCUGGGAUCAUUGCACUGUUGGUUGUUGGGUCAGUGGUGGUUGUUGUAAUUGGAGUAUGUAUUGCAGUAUGUGUGUGUUGUUGCAAUGCAUGUCGUUCUACCACAACUACAACACAUUGUGUCCAGCAAACUAGUGGAUCUCCCACUGUGGUUGUGUCUCAGAGUUCACAACAACAGUCUGUUGCUCAACCAUAUCAUGCUUCUGGUAUACAGAUGGCACCAUCAGUAACCCCUGGAUUUGGUUAUACACCUACAGCUGCUUCAAACCCCAUGGCUGAAUACCCACCACCAUAUGCACAAGGAGGCAUGGUAGAUCCAAAGUACUGAAACCUGAUACAAUGUGGAUGCCAUAUAAAUUGUUUAAUAUAUAUGGGCAAGAAUGUUGUAUUGUUUUAAUUUUGCUUUUUGUUGAUGCUGUCUUUUACAUACAAGAUAUCUAACUUACACCAAAACCAUAUUGAAUGCUUACAUUGUUCACAACUUAGCAAUGCUAGAUUUUGACAAAUAUAGUUAGUUUUUGUUACUCAACAAUUUUAGUAUUUCUCGUCAGGACAAUGACAUUUAAGAGUUUGAGCCGGUAUUCUGUCAAUAAAAACAAUGCAUGUUUGGAUUUUCAAAUUCAUACUAGAAUUGAAUACUGUAAAAUGACUAAUUUUCACUGGGUUUAAAUUUCGCUGAUUUACCAUUUCAGGCAUAUUCAGUGGGUUUUAAAUUCAUGAUUAUAUCAUUUAGAUAAUGUGUUCUAUGAUAAAUUUUACAUAUUCACUGGGUUUUAAUUUAGCGCAUUUUCCAGUCAGCGAAAUAAGCAAAAUUAAAACCCAGUGAAUAAUUAACCCCAUCCAAAAUUACAAAGAUGAAUUUGAAAACUCUCCAUGAAAGAUUUUCAAUCUAUCACUGAUGUCUUGCGAAUACUAUUUAUUACUCAUGUACUGUAAGUUAAAGUUUUAUUUCAUACACCUGCAAAUUAAGAAUCAGAAACAGUAUUAGAAGUGAUAAAUUAAUAAUCAGGAACAGUUUGAAAAGCAACAAAUUGAUAAUCGUGAAAUUUUAAAAGCAACAAAUUAAUAGUCAGGAGAAGUUUGCAAAAAAACCAAAUUAAAAUCAAAAACAGUUUGCAAAAUCAGGAACAGUUUGAGAAGCAGCAAAUUAAUGGUCAGGAACAAAUUAGAGAAAUCAAGAACAGUUCAUGAAGCAACUAAAUAAUGCAUAGGGUGACUCUUUUUUUUUUUUUUUUUUGAAAUAAUAUGCUUAUAACAUUUUAAUUUCUCUAUACAUGCAUUUACCAUAUCUACUAAUAAUUGCGUAUCUGGUAUCUCAAAUCAUAUAAAACCAAUAUGGGGCAAUUAAUAAUAUAUGCGACAUAGAAAUCAAUCAUAUAUGCCAUGUACAAUAAUUGUAAUUUGAAAGUGGUUAUGAGAUUACAAGAUAAUAAAAUCUAUGCAAUCUAUCUUAAUUAAUU